AGUGUCGUGUGCGUAGCAUUUAGCGCGAGUUUUGGUUCGGUCCGCUCUUCUCUUGUUUCGUGAUGUGGUUCUUCUGUCCUGUUGCUGUGAAUCAUAUUUUCCCUGUUAACUCGGAACCGUCAGACCGAACCGAGCCUGAGUUCUGGUCGUAAAAAACAGGGGGUUGUCGGCACCGGACCGAACAAACAUGAGGAGGAGCUUUGCUCCCAGUCAGGUCGCUAAACGGAAGCUGGCUUCGAGUGAAGAUGAUGAAGACUGCAGACAGAAAACAGAGAAGAGAAGACAUUGUGACGAGGUGAGACAAAGUCAGAUGUCUCCCUGUAGAAAACCUCUGAGCCAGCUCAACAACAGGCCUGCAGCUGUGGACACAGACAGACAUGAAGCCUUCAUUCGAAGUAUUCUCUCCAAGCCUUUUAAAGUUCCCAUUCCCAAUUACACAGGUUGUCUUGGAAUCCGAGCUCUGGGUCUGAAGCGGGCCGGAGUAAGGCGAGCGCUCCAUGAUCCGUUUGCAGAAGACGCCCUGGUUCUUUACGAGCCUCCGGUCCUGAGCUCCCAUGAACUGAUCAAAGCUGACAAAGAAAAGCUUCCAGUUCAUGUUGUUGUGGAUCCAGUUUUAGGAAAAGUACUUAGACCCCAUCAGAGAGAGGGGGUGAGGUUUCUGUGGGAGUGUGUGACGGGCAGGCGCAUCCCGGGCUCGUACGGCUGCAUCAUGGCUGAUGAGAUGGGCCUGGGGAAGACGCUGCAGUGCAUCGCCCUCAUGUGGACCUUACUGCGGCAGAGCCCCGACGCCAGGCCCGAGAUAGACAAGGCCAUCGUGGUUUCACCUUCCAGUCUGGUGCGCAACUGGUACAACGAAGUGGGAAAGUGGCUGGGAGGCCGUCUUUCACCAGUGGCUAUUGACGGAGGCUCAAAGGAGGAGAUCGAUAAGCAGCUAGUGAACUUCAUCUCCCAGCACGGUUUAAGAGUUCCGACCCCAAUCCUGAUCAUUUCGUACGAGACGUUUCGACUGCACGCUGAGGUCCUGCACAAGGGCAAAGUCGGUCUUAUCAUCUGCGACGAGGGCCAUCGACUGAAGAACUCCGACAACCAGACGUACCAGGCUCUGAACGCCAUGGGUGGUCAGAGGAGGGUGCUGAUAUCAGGCACUCCCAUCCAGAACGAUCUGCUCGAGUAUUUCAGCCUGGUCCAUUUCGUGAAUGCUGGAAUCCUCGGAACAGCUCAAGAAUUUAAAAAGCGAUUCGAGCUUCCCAUCCUGAAGGGUCGGGACGCAGACGCCAGUGAUAAAGAACGACAGACAGGAGAAGAGAAACUCAAAGAGCUUAUUGGCAUCGUCAACAGGUGUUUGAUACGAAGAACAUCAGAUAUCCUGUCCAAGUAUCUUCCUGUGAAGAUUGAACAGGUUGUGUGCUGCAGGCUGACUCCUCUGCAGACUGAACUCUAUAAGCUGUUCCUACGGCAGGCCAAACCCCUGGAGUCCUUACAGGAGGGCAAAAUAAGCAUUUCCUCCCUGUCCUCCAUCACAUCCCUCAAGAAGCUCUGCAAUCACCCAGCUCUGAUCUAUGACAGGUGUGUGGAAGGUGAGGGGGGCUUCGAGGGGGCUCUGGACCUGUUUCCUCCAGGCUACAACACGAAAGCUGUCGAGCCUCAGCUCUCUGGAAAGAUGCUUGUCCUGGAUUAUAUUCUGGCAAUGACUCGGACCACGACCAGUGACAAGGUGGUGCUGGUCUCCAACUACACUCAAACACUGGACCUGUUUGAGAAAUUAUGUCGACACAGACGAUACCUGUACGUCAGACUGGACGGCACCAUGUCCAUCAAGAAAAGAGCCAAGAUUGUGGAGCGAUUCAACAGUCCACAAAACCCAGAGUUCAUCUUCAUGCUGAGCAGCAAAGCUGGAGGCUGUGGCCUGAACCUGAUCGGUGCAAACCGCCUGGUGAUGUUUGACCCGGACUGGAACCCUGCCAACGAUGAGCAGGCCAUGGCUCGGGUGUGGAGGGACGGCCAGAAGAAGACCUGCUACAUCUACAGACUUCUCUCCACGGGGACCAUCGAGGAGAAGAUCCUCCAGAGACAGGCCCAUAAGAAAGCCCUGAGCAGCUGCGUGGUGGACGAGGAGCAGGAUGUGGAGCGGCACUUCUCUCUGGGGGAACUCCGAGAACUGUUCACGCUCAACGAAGAGACAUCCAGCGACACGCACGACAAGUUUCGCUGUUGCCGCUGUGUAAAUGGCAGAGAAGUGAGGCCACCUGCAGAGGACUCUGACUGCACCAGCAACCUUUCCCAGUGGAGUCACUGCUCAGACAAAAAGGGCCUGAGGGACCAAGUACUCAAGGCAUCCUGGGACGCUGCUGUGUCCUUCGUCUUUCACCAGCGCUCUCAUGAGGACCAGAGGACGGUUGUGUAGCAGGAGAACCUGAAUCAAGUGUACACCAAACAUUCUGUAUAUACAUGUAUUUAUUAGUUUCUAUGUUUAAAGGUGUUUUUGUUUAGAUUAAAACUGGAAAAUAAAAUUAUUGAACUGUCCGGUAA